AUGGCGGUACCUGGCUGGCGGGCGGUGAGAGGCAAAGUACUUCAUUACCACGGCCUCCCCCCACACCCUCACGCCCACACCCACACGCCUACUAACCUUCCCUAUCCACCCCUAACCCAGGACCCUCCCACGCCCGCCCUCACGGAAGCCGAGGAGACAAAGGGACACAAAGUGAAAAAAACAACCCAGAAUGGAACACCUGUAUACACUUGCGUGGUGAUUACCUUGUACCGCCAUUCACUCCCUCCCAAUAAAUCUGGCCGCCCUGUAAGCCACACCUCCAGCCCCAUGACACGUGACACACAGCCUCCGUCAGCCAAACAUAGCGCCUUGUCCACAUACCCACCUCCCCUCCAAGCAGCGUGCAAAUACCCGCCCACUCCCCUCAUCCCCCACCACUCCACCCAGCCGCCCACCAUCCCGCCCACCUGCCCACCCUCCCACCCACCCAGGGGCUUCAGCUAA